AUGGAACUGCCUCCAGACCCUCGACUCAAAAGUCCGUCAACAUAUAACCGCGAGGUGACAAUCGCCGCGGUGACGGCCUUUUAUGAAUCUCUUACCACUCUGCUUUUUGUCGAGCCGACCGACAUCCUCUACCCUCCACCUGAGGGAUGGCCACAUAUUACUCAGGAGAAUGAGGCUUUCGCCUCCCUUGGGAAGACCGAUGAGGUGAUUGAAUUGCUUCGUCACUUACCAUAUCUAGACUCUAGGCGCGAAAAAUGGCUUGUAAGACCAGAGACCAGAGCAUGUGAUUAUGUGAAUCAAGAGCCUUCUCACUAUCAAGAUGCUAUACCAAAAGAUGCUGGGAUCCCUCCGUGGGUGAUCAACCUUACAGACUCAGGGAGAAAUGGCUAUUCAUUGAUGUUCGAUACAUCAGAUGGUAUGAACCUUCGAACUGCUCUGUCUAAAUAA